AUGCAUUUCAUACCUUUGUUAAUCGUUGUUUCACAAUUUUACCUCUCGAGCCAAACGAAUCCUGCUCAAAUUAUCAAAGUACAUGAAAAUGCGAAUGUUACUAUGACAUGUCGUCUCAACAUGAGACAAAAUUCCGAAGCAAGAAAUUCUCUCGCGUCCGUUCCGUCGUUAUCGUCAUUCAAUAAAAUAUUUGAUAACAAUUUAUCGGGUAACAUUAUCCUUUGGUAUAAAGACGACACACAAGUAAUUGGUGUUAAUUCAAUUUCGAACGAUCCACAAAAAUAUCUGAUAUACCAAGAAAAUUACUAUACAUAUCAAUUGAUUUUGUUCAAUGUCCGAUUGGAAUCAUCGGGCUUAUACAAAUGUCAAAAUUUCACCGCAAAAGAAGAAAAUCUUUUUCAACUUCAUGUGCUGGUUCCACCGUCUCGUCUGCGUUUGAGUCCAUCACCACAAAUGCCGGUAGCGGAUGGUACAUCAGUGCAAUUCAAUUGUACAAGCGAACGCGCUUAUCCCAUUCCGACAUUUGAAUGGUAUAAAAACGAUCAAUUAAUUCAACGCUCAAUCGGUAUUAAUAAUAACAAUCAAACAAGUUCACCAAGCUUUUCAAGUUCAUCCAUUUUAACACUUUUACUUUCACCUGUUGAUCACGAUCAAAUACUCCGUUGUCAAGUAACCAAUGAAGCGAGUGUUCAUGAUACAAAUGUCGAACUCAAACUUGAUGUUUUAUUUAAACCCAUUAUCAAUAUUUCAUGGAAUCAAAAAGAGUUGCCUACGAUGUUAACUGUCAUUGAAAACACAUUUGAAACGAUUCAUUGUGUAAUAUCAGCCAAUCCGCCGGCAUUAUCAAAUAUUGAAUGGUAUAAAAAUGAUCAAUUAAUUACAGGCGAAAAUCAAGAACAAUUGAAGUUGAAUUUUACACGAUUAGAAAACAUACAGAGAUUAACUUGUAAAACACGAAAUACCAUUGGACAAUCGGAAGCAAGCGUCAAUGUCGACAUACUCUAUAAACCGAAAUUAUCCAUGAUUGAACAUAUUACAUUAAAUCAAGGAGAGAAACUUGUUUUGAGAUGUCUGAUUGAUUCGAAUCCAUUUUGUCAUCAGAUUCGUUGGUUGCACAACCAAAGAGAAGUUCUCACUCAACCGUGCUCAUUAAUGAACCGAACACAAACGGUAUCCGAAUAUGUCAUACCGAGCGUUUAUCGAAUACAUUCAGGAAAGUACACAUGCGAAGUGAAAAAUUGGUUGAAUACGGGAAGUAAUAAUCGAUACGAAGCAACGACAGCAGUGUCCACGGAUGUACGAAUACAAUAUGCUCCAUUUAUAUUGAAUUCGAUAAAGAAACUAGCGGUUAUCGAAAAUAAAGAUAUCAUCACAGCAUGUGUGGUUGAUGCAUAUCCGAAGGCAGAUAUAACUUGGUUCGGGCCAUCUGCACAGCGUUUAAGUUCAUUCACCGACGAAAAAAUGCUCAAUUCAACAGUAAUUUCAUCAAAAUUACAUUUACCGCCAUCUUAUUCAACAAUGCUCGGCACGUAUCGAUGUGUAGCGAAGAAUCAAUACGGGCAACAUGAGUUCUCGAUGCAUUUUCAACGACCUGGUCUGCCAGAUGCACCCACUCAACUACAAGCAAUAAAUAUUACGCAUGCUUCAUUUAUUCUUACUUGGCAAGCGGCUUACGACGGUGGCUCGAAUUUAAUAUAUCAUAUUAGUUUAAGUGGAAAUCGUUCAGAGGAAAGACAAACAAAUUUGAGUUCUAUUAGAUUCACUGAUUUAAACGAAAAUUCGCGCUAUUUUGUUAAAAUUCGUUCGCAAAACAGUUUGGGAUUCAGUGAUUAUUCGACGAGUAUAGUUGUCUUAACAACCGAAUAUCCAUUUGCACCGGAUGAGUUUCCAACGAUUCAACGAGCUUAUUAUACCGUUGAUGGCCGUCGAAUACGUUUUCAUUUGAGUGAGAUUCGUUCGCCGUUGAUCACUAAAGAUCAAUUAUGUAUUCAACAUUAUCAUAUUCCAUCAUCGACCGUGGAAACAACUGAUGAGUAUCCAUCAUGUAUACCAUUGAAUUCUCUUCAACCGUCGAACGAUGAACUUGAGAUAACAACUGAGGAGAACAACGUACGUUUGAAACUGUGUUUGAUUAAUCAAACGGACGUUUGCUCAAAGUCUGUGUCAAUUCCAACCGGUGUGGGUUUAUCGAAUGAUUCAUCUGAGUUAAUUUUGAUAUUGAUUGGUGCUAUUUUGGGUUUAUGUUUUGUCGCCGCUCUGAUUGGCUUGUUCGUUUGUAUUCAACAACGAAGGCGACAAACGAAAUCGAAAAGCGGAUCAACAGAUACAUUAAAGCCAAAUUCGACCGGAAACCAUAUCGACAACUUUCAUGCAACACCUGUUCGAGUCGUUGACACCAAUUCAUGUCUAUAUUAUCCGGCACAAACACCAACGAUGAAUGAAGUUCGAGCGCACAACAGUGGCUUGUUUUACAAUCCAGAACUCCCAAACAGCAUCUAUACAAUUCAAGAAAAGAAAAAUUCAAUGUGUUUUGAUUCCGGUAUGCCAUCAACAACUUCGGACAAUUCCGACUCGGCUUGUUCACAAGUAUUAUCGUCAUCCGACAUUGACGGACAUAUAGCGAACGGCUUCUACGAUCGUUCGGAUGGAGAACAUCUCGUCAAUGGAAGACUAUCGUCCAAGAAGGUUCUUCUACCUGAUAUUCACCAUCUGUUUCUGGGAAAAUACAACGGGGUGACAGAUAUUCCACCGUACACAGUGGGCGAAAAUCAUUCAACGUUGCGGAUAUCAUCUGAAGAAGAAAGUGGAUUUUCUACACCAACGAAGCCUCAUCAUGGAAAGAAGCUUGUUUAUGAAGUUGUUGUUUGA